UCGCAUCCGACGUUGAAGCUCCGCGAAUUUAUUAUUGACUGACAACUUCUCUGUUGAACAGAUUAGCGCUAUAAAGUGGCGAAGGUCACAACGACCGAUACACGACGACGCUCUUACGCCGCUAUGCUCCCUUCAAGUCUAGGAUUCCAAUGUCCGCCAACACCCUCCUCAAUGGCGACUUCUCAGCGCACAUCAGCUCGAACCAGCCGUCGCAACUGAGCGCCUCGUCUUUGGUCCACGAUGCUGCCUCCCUCGAGGAUGUUCGUGCCUCUCUUGCCGCCCUGCACACGCACGAAUCCGCCAUUACCUCGCGACUCAACGCUCUUAUUUCCUCCCAGGGCGACCUCUCACGCGAGCUUGGCCGUCUCGACCUCCUGCGCGCCAACCUCGGGUCCCAGGUCAUCGCAACCCGCUCCAUAAGCAAUGGCAUGCUCUCCUCGGCAGCUGAAACGGCCGGUCGCCUCUCCAAUCGUGUGAAGGAACUCGACCUUGAGAAGGACCGCGUACAACAAACUCUCAAGGUCGUUGAGCAAGUGGCGGAGCUCAAAGCAUGCGUUCACGGCGUUGUGGGUAGUAUGGGAGCACCCCAGGAUUGGGAGGCAGCGGCAGGCUACAUUGCGCGGGCAUCCAAGGUACCUGAGGCUAUCAUACGCGGUGGGUUUGCUGCGGCGGUCGUACCCAGCGUUGAGGUGCCUGAUGCUCCGUGGGUUACCCUCGAGAAUGCGAAAGAGUCUCUAUGCGGCUUGUUUCUUCGCGAAUUUGACAAGGCGGCCAAGGAAGGCGACGGCGCUAAGAUCACGAGGUUCUUCAAGCUCUUCCCACUCAUCGGACGGGGUGACGUGGGAUUGGACGUUUAUGGCCGAUACGUGUGCCAAGGAGUCGCAGGUACGGCGAGACAAACGUUAAAGGUGGCGCCGGGCGGUGCUGGUACGAAAGAUGGAUUCUUCUACGCUAACGCGCUUACCAAGCUGUUUGAGCAUAUUGCACAGAUUGUAGAGGGGCAUGGUGGGCUGGUAGAGAGGCAUUACGGGGAAGGCCAAAUGGUCAAAGUCAUUGAAAGGUUACAAGUGGAGGUUGACGUUCAGGGUGGCAUCAUUUUGGACUCGUGGAGUGAUGAGAGGGGUGUGGACAGGCGGCUCACAGAUGUGAAGAGCUAUCCCUUCUCCUUCCUCGUCAACAGCUUCGUACAAUCACAAAAGAACAUGGCUGGAACGCCAAGGAUGAAUUCGCCGGCGCUAGGUGGUGGAACCAACGUGCGGAAUAGCGAAGACGAAGGCGUCAACAUGAAGGAAGUUGACGGACUUCUUAGCGAGAUUGCUCUCAUGCUCGGGCGGUGGUCGUUAUACUCCCGAUUUCUUGCUGGAAAAUGCAAGAGCCCCGACACGGAUGAUGCUAGCUUAUCUGUGCCCGAAGUUGUCACCAACUCGAACUUGCAUAGGAAGAUUUCCGCAAAACUUGCAUCGCCCUACAAUGUCAUGUCUACAUUCUUCUUUCGGAGAUCUGUUGAGAAGGCAUUCCAGCUAGACGAGUCCCCGACAGGGUUAACCCUGAAUCCGAACAAGCCUGUAGAUGGCAACCCUCCAUUCAUCAUCUCAGCAGUUGAUGAUGUCAUGUACAUUGUCAGUGCAGUCAUCCAAAAGGCAAUAUCUACGUCUCAACGAGACGUGGUCGGCUCAGUGCUCUCAACUGUGGGGAGAGUGCUAGGGUCUGAUUUUAUCGGCAUGGUACAACGGAAGAUGCGAGACGAGUCAUACCCAAGGGCAAUUGUGCAAGGAGGGUUUCCACCAGAAGAUAAAAUCAUCUCUUUCAUUGUUCUCAUCAACAGUCUCGACAUUGCAAACGAAUAUCUAGCCCGCAUAAUAUCGACAAGCCUAGGCGUGCCGGAUCAGCCGAAUGGAGCCUCACAUCCCAAACCCCUGGCCAACGCGUUCCCCUUCGAGCAUGAUGUGACCUUCGUCACUGCAGCGCUAAACACGCUGAAUUCUUCUUUUUCCGCCAAGACCAACGAACUCCUCUCCGACGGACGCCAGGUUCUCUUCAACAACGUCGUGAAGCUGCGGCUGCGGCCUAUCUUGGCAGAGACUUUCAAGGACAUUGAUUACACCCUUACCGAGGACGACUUGGCUGAAAGGGCGGAGCUGAACGACGAGAACGAGGAGGAAAUGCUGGAGCACGUCCAGCGGCGGUUCGAACACAGCUGGAAUGCAUUGAUAAAGCCAAUCGAACGACUUAUGACGACGAAGGUCUUCGGCGUCUUGAGCGACAACACGGCAAGGUACCUAUCCAGGGUGCUGGAAAAGAAAGUGUGGAGUUACAGCGGAAAGGCAAACGCGUACGGAGCCAUCCGCAUGGAACGAGACUUCUACGGCAUCAUCAGCAUCGUUGCGAGGGGCAACUACGGUAUCAGAGAGCUAUUUGCGAGGGUUACACAGACGCUCAUGGUUGCGAAUAUGGAAGACGAAGAGUGGGAAGAGUUGGCGGCUGAAGGCGAUGAUGGCAUGCAAUGGGUGCUGACCGAGGAUGAAAGACGCAGAGCGAGAAACUUGGUGCGCGAAUGAAGCAUGAUCCGAGAUCUAUAGUAUAGCAUGUAAGGUCUAGAACAAGGGUUGCUAAAAGGAAUUGUUUGUUCUAUCUUCGUCAAACAAUACGUAGGUCUGACAACCUAUGCAUUGAGAAGUUGUUCCACGAUCAUAUGCAUUUAUCCCGAGAUAUUGUAUUAUCCGAACGUGAAAAUCGUCCUUCUACGAG